GCGACAUGGUCGAUCCGAAAAUAUCCUAAACUGAAAGCCAAGGUAUUUCUGACGUUUGUGUACGUCGAACACAUCAAACGCACUGUGAAUCUUUCAUUUUAGAUCGCCAGAAUACAUUACUCGCUCGUCCAGGAUGUAUAGAAGUUCGAUGCGGUAUUACAGGAUAAUAAUUUGAUAGAAGAAUUAUGAAUUCUUUAAAGACAUUAUUUUGAAGUAUAAUUAACUUUGUACAAUGUCCCAUUGCGAGGAAGAAGCGGUAUCGCCUGGUUUUCACCAAUUAAGCAUUACAAUUGAAGCAGCAAUAUUGAGAAGUUCGACUUUCUUAAAGCCUAAUCCAUAUAUAGAGUUCUCAGUUGACGAUAAAAGUCCUCGUAAAACAGAAGUAUCAAAGUCUACGUAUCAGCCAAAAUGGAACGAAGAAUUUACUAUACUUGUCACGCCAUAUUCUCAAUUGCACUUUCGACUUCUUGACCAUAGUACAUUUCGCAAGGAUGCGUUAAUAGGAGAAAAACGGAUAAGCCUAUUCCAAGUGCUCUCACAUUAUAAUGGAAUAGAAAAUUUAGAAUUAACAUUUGAUUUGAUGAGUGAAAGCAAGCAUGAUUCACAAUUAUGCAAAGUUGGUGAAUUGAUUACUGUUUUUGAUGGACUUAGAAUUGAUACUAUUAACGAGACAUCUGUAAAUGUUAAUGAACCACUUUGCCAAAUACAAUCUGAUGGUGCCACAAACAAUGAUACAAUGAAUAAUCGAAGUAUUCUCAACGGCGGAGUUCGCGCGCGCAUGAGAUUGCAUAGUUCAGAAAGUCUCGCGCCGUCGAUGUGUCGUUUGACAAAUAUCCAUCUCAGUUCCAACUACAACAGUGGAAACAGUCAAACAAACAGCAACAUUGGACCUUCUACUGCAGUGGUUUCAAAUGUGGAUGGUACAUCGGCUAAUAAUGUUAGCAGCAGUAGCAGCCUCUCUGCGAACACUUUGAUGAACGGGCAUGCAAUUCCAAUAGCGGAUAAAUCCAUGAUGUCCCCGGGAAAUCGGCAUGCCACGGACAUACGGACUUUUGCAGGUAGAUUGAACAUUAAGGAGCAAUCUUCGGCAUCGGCUAACUCGCCGGAAGGUCGAGUCUACAGGCGAGGCAGUUACGGCAAUCCAGCAGAACAGCAAUCCGCGAUGGCCAAGUCGGAUCUACGUAGUAUGCCGCGAUCGGAACAAUCCUCCUCGAUGAUCCUCAGCCAGCAGAUGAUUUUGCGACAGGAUCCACCGAUGGAACACAGUUCUGGUGUUUCUCAGACCGACUUGAACGUGUCCUUGCACACCGAUGCACGUGGUGGUAAUGGCGUUCUACGAAUAGAACAACCGAUCGUAAUCGCGACUUCACCGGAUGGUCGUGUGAUGACACGAUCGGAGCACGCGCUACGAAUAGAACAACCGGUUGUCGGCUCACGAACACCGGAACAUGCUCUACGAAUUGAGCAACCGAGCGUCAUCGCGACUCUACCGGACGGUCGUGUGGUGACACGAUCGGAACAAUCAGCAAGUGGCAAUCUUUUGGCGGAUGAUUUACGCGAAACGAGACAACCUGUAGAUCAGUCUACCAACAUUCGACGGAUGAGCGCGACGAAUGAGGAUCCACGUGCGAGACAAUCGGAACAAUCCACAGCGAGCGGCAUUCGUGCAUCCGAGGAUAUGCGUGGAAUGAGACAGCAGGCCGAUCCAUCGUCGAGCAACAUUCGCCUGAACGAAGAUUCGCGAGGGAUGAGACAGUCCGAGCAAUCCGCUCGCACGAGCGAGGAUCUACGCGCCUCGAGGCAACAACCUACAGAACAAUCUACGUCGUUGAAUGCGGAUCUACGUGCUGGUGUUCCGCGUGGUGCUGGUCAACAGAACGCGAAUAUUCUGCCGACAGAAGGUGGCCACCGCACCGCGUCGUCUUCUCGAUCGGAACAGACGGCGGUGUUUUCCUUGCCCGAUGGACGGACUAUUUCUAUCUCGGAACACAUGUCCUCCCCCGUCACGCUGUCAGAUCCUCGUUCCUCUGUGUCGCGAAUCCCGCAGACCGCGGUCCCGUUGCCGGCUGUACCCACGACACCGCAAUCUGUCGCGCAACCAGGUUCCUCGGUGCUGCUCGCUGAAGAUGUCAGUCAUUCCGAGGAACCCUUGCCGCCUGGUUGGGAGAUGAGAUACGAUCUGUAUGGGAGAAGAUAUUACGUCGAUCAUAAUACAAGAAGUACGUCUUGGGAGAGGCCCCAGCCUUUGCCACCUGGAUGGGAAGUUCGUCGCGAUCCGAGAGGUAGAAUCUAUUACGUCGAUCAUAAUACGAGAAGCACUACAUGGCAAAGGCCAAAUACGGAAAGAUUACAGCAUUUUCAACACUGGCAAGGUGAAAGGCAAUAUGUCGUUCAACAAGGCAAUCAGAGAUUUCUUUAUCCUCAGGCUCAUGGAAGUCAAGUUGCUGCGGGACCGUCAACAUCUGUGGCUGACGAUGACGAUGCUUUGGGACCAUUACCGGCUGGCUGGGAAAGACGAAAGCAACCGGAGGGAAGAGUUUAUUAUGUAAAUCAUAAGAACAGAACUACGCAGUGGGAGGAUCCUCGAACGCAGGGUCAGGAAACCGGAAUGGAUGAACCACCCUUACCGGACGGUUGGGAAAUACGAUUAACAGAAGAUGGAGUUCGUUAUUUCGUUGAUCACAAUACUCGAACGACGACGUUUCAGGAUCCAAGACCUGGUGCACCCAAAGGUCCUAAAGGUGUAUAUCGUGUCCCACGAGCGUAUGAAAGGUCAUUCCGAUGGAAAUUGUCUCAGUUCCGCUUCUUAUGUCAGACUAACGCGCUGCCUAACCAUAUUAAGAUUAGCGUUAGUCGGCAGACAUUAUUCGAGGAUUCUUAUCAUCAAAUAAUGAAUGCAGAAGCUUUCGCGCUAAGACGACGAUUAUACAUAAUAUUUAAAGGAGAAGAGGGUUUGGACUACGGAGGUGUAUCUAGGGAAUGGUUUUUCUUACUGAGCCACGAAGUUUUGAAUCCGAUGUACUGCCUAUUCGAGUAUGCCAAUAAAAGCAAUUAUAGUUUGCAAAUAAAUCCGGCAUCGUACGUCAAUCCUGACCACUUACAAUAUUUCAAAUUUAUUGGCAGAUUUAUUGCAAUGGCACUGUAUCAUGGCAGAUUCAUAUAUAGCGGAUUUACAAUGCCGUUCUAUAAGCGGAUGUUGAAUAAAAAAUUAGUUAUGAAGGAUAUAGAAUCCAUUGAUCCAGAGUUUUAUAAAUCCCUGGUAUGGAUUAAAGAAAAUAAUAUUGAUGAGUGCGGCCUAGAAUUGUAUUAUAGCGUGGAUUUCGAGAUCCUUGGUCAAGUAAUACAUCAUGAAUUAAAGGAUGGUGGUGAUAAAGUUAGAGUAGGCGAAGACAAUAAAGAAGAAUAUAUCAGGUUAAUGACAGAGUGGAGAAUGACAAGGGGUAUAGAAGAACAAACAAAAGCUUUUUUGGAAGGAUUCAAUUCGGUUGUACCUCUCGAAUGGCUCAAAUAUUUCGAUGAACGUGAACUAGAACUUAUGCUUUGUGGGAUGCAAGAAAUAGAUGUUGAAGAUUGGCAACGCAAUACUAUUUAUAGACAUUACACUCGUAACAGCAAACAAAUCCUAUGGUUUUGGCAGUUUGUAACAAGAACAGAUAGUGAAAAAAGAGCUAGACUAUUGCAAUUUGUAACUGGUACUUGCCGUGUACCUGUUGGUGGAUUUGCUGAAUUAAUGGGAAGCAAUGGUCCACAAAGAUUUUGUAUAGAAAAAUUUGGAAAGGAUACCUGGUUGCCAAGAUCACAUACUUGUUUCAACAGAUUAGACUUGCCGCCCUACAAAAGUUACGACCAAUUAGUGGAGAAAUUAAAUUAUGCGAUUGAAGAAACGGAAGGUUUUGGCCAAGAAUAAUUGUAAUGCUAAUUAAUGGUAUAUAUUAGGUAUGCUACAUAUUAUGUAUAUGAAUAGUGGGCGAUACAAACAAAAUUUAGAAUAGCACUAUAAAAUCAAUGGUGAAAUGGAGUCAAUGCUACAUCUGAAAUUUGUUGGGGUUAAUUAUUAUUAACAGUGUAAAAGUUGCAAAUAUAUAUAAUUAAAGAUGUUUAUAGGUACGUUGCUCGAAAGAUUUGUAUAAGGCAUCGUAAUAAUUACAUGCAAAGAUUUAACGUAA